AUGGCAAACAACGCAGGGACACCAGCCCCUCUUCCUGGCUACAGGCCCAAGAAAUUGAUAGUUUGCUGCGACGGGACGUGGCGAAACAGCGACAGCGGCAUCUUCUCCAAUACUGUCAUCUCUUGGAUCUGGCGAGGCAGAGAGCAGGUACCUACAAAUGUUACUAGGAUUUCCCGAGCUAUCGAAACCACCGACAGCCAAGGAAAGCAACAAGUCGUCUACUAUCAAGCUGGCAUAGGUAGUGAAGGCAACCUGAUCCAGCGCCUUUUGGCCGGGGCCUUGGGCAUCGGACUGGCAGCGAACAUCCAGGAAGCAUAUGCCUUCAUCGCCAAGAAUUAUGUGACUGGCGACGAGAUCUACCUGAUCGGAUUCUCGAGAGGCGCAUUCACAGCACGAUCUAUCGGCGCUUUGAUUGGUGACCUGGGACUUCUUACAGUCGAUGGUCUCGACAAACUGGUCGAUAUUGUCGAGGACUGGGAGCAUGCGGGCUCUGCGUCUUACAGAACGCUUAUAUCUAAGGAUGAGCCUUCAUUUGCUGUCAAGAAUGGGUCUCGAGAUCCAAAAGCGUACGUCUCGCAAUACCGCGCGGAGCUGACCCGCUUUGGAUACACUCGCAAGGAAACCAUUCCAAUAAAGGCGAUUGGUGUCUGGGAGACAGUUGGUUCAUUGGGUGUUCCCGUCAAUCCUGUCCUUCAGCGUAUUGGGUUUCCUUUGGUGCUCCGGACCUAUCGCUUUUACAACACAGAACUGGGCAGCAAUGUCGAAAACGCUUUCCACGCUUUGGCGCUCGAUGAAGCUCGUGCAGCGUACCGGCCGGCGUUGUGGCAGAAAUUGCCAGGCGUAAACGCAAACAUGAAGCAGACUUGGUUUCCCGGCGUGCAUACGGACGUGGGCGGCGGCUAUGCCAACAGCGGUCUCUCUGAUAUCACGCUAGCUUGGAUGAUGUCCAAUCUGGCCCCGUUCAUCGACUUCACGCCUGGCUACAUCCGUAAGCAAUGGGUCAAGAAUCAAGCGUACCUUAGGAAGGAAAAGGUACCAGAAACUGGCUUCAAGUGGGCUGCGGGUCAGAUCAAGAACGCCACGUCUGGCCUUCGGAGACUCUUGGGCAUUGUUUGGCGGACGCCUGGAAGAUACCACGUCCUCAACAUGAAAACAUUAACUGUUCGCGAGGGAGACCCUCUACAAAAUACUCAUGAACGCAUUCAUACCGCGGUCCGCUCAAGGGAGAUUACGGGUGGACUCGACGACAAGAAUCACGUAACCUCAUACCAACCAAAGGCCCUCGAGAGGAGCAAAUAUGAGCUACUCGACUCGUCCGCUGAGCCUGGUUUGGGGAAGUGGCGAUACGUGGGCAACGAAAAACCGUUUACAGGCGAAAUACUGCCUGAAGACCAGCUUGGUCCACUCGAAAUGGAGAUAUUUGAAGACUUUCUUCCGGAUCAGCCUACUCGCUGCCCCAGCACAUAG